ACCGUGGUUACGGUCUAGCAAUAUAGUAGUAUUAUAUAUGGUUUUAUGACGCACUCUCUAUUCCAUACGAUGUGACUUCAGCCUUUACGCCCAGUAGUCAAGAUAACGAGAAUUCGUUAUAUAUACAUGCACAGCACCGAUCGUAUCCGAAGUUAAUAAAGUUCACACAAGUACACAAAUGAAGUGACACAUAAAUGAACAGAUAAAGAGAUAUUCCUGUGUGCAAAGAUCUGCCUCGCAUUAACCUGAUCUUCUGACGUCGAGCAGUACGCGUACAUUCCGAAACAUAUGCGAAACAUAUGCGAAUAUAAUAGAGUGGAGUAAAUUUUCAUCCGUCUAACCUUGUGCGCAUUAAGUAAUUUAAUGAGCUCGAUACCCCGUUUUUCGAGAACUCGACCUGUUCGUCUUUCUUUCUAAGUCAAAAAAUGGAUAAAUUACGAAGAGCACUGAACGGUAACGAUAAUCGGUGCGAUGAGGAGAGCGGUAUCAUCACGCAGGUCGAUGUGGAUUUUACGGUCAUGGACCAAACAACUUUAAGUUGGUCUACCAGGAUAAAAGGUUUUGCUAUUUGUUUCAUCAUAGGCAUCUUAUGUUCAUUCCUCGGAUCCUUCGCAUUAUUCCUGCAAAAAGGCCUCACCGUAUUCGCUGUAUUCUAUACUUUAGGCAACGUUAUCUCCUUAGCUAGUACAUGCUUUUUAAUGGGUCCGUUCAAUCAGCUUAAAAAGAUGUUUGCGUCGACGAGAGUGAUCGCGACUAUAUUAGUAUUCGUCUCGAUUGGUUUGACGUUAUUUGCAGCUUUACAUUUGCAUAAUCCCGGUUUAGCCCUUUUGUUUAUAAUUAUUCAGUCGCUAGCUAUGACAUGGUAUUCCUUGUCGUAUAUACCAUACGCUCGAGAUGCUGUGAAAAAGACAAUGGAAGCCUGUAUUACGUAAGAGAAAUAGUUAUUGUUCUCUCCGUGUAUCCAAGUUUGUUAUAUGAAUGUAUACUUGAAAUUUUCUUACGUCCUUUGAUAUUUGAACACUUUUUCCACGCUAAAUGCGAACUGUACUUUACUCAUAUUUGCAGGAAAUAAAUGUUAACAUAUUUAUAUAGAUCGUAAGCUAACUGUAAGUUAAUUGUAAUUGUACAAAACAGAAUGGGAUUACAAAACUGUUGUACGCAUAUGACGAAUGCGCAUCGUGUGAUACAGUUAAUAAUAAUACAUGGAUGAAUUUCUUAUCAGGAUUGAAUUAAUAAUUUAUACGCAACAUAAUGUAAGAAAUAUGCAUAUUUACCGGCAUUUAUUUCAUAUUUUAAUACUACAGGAUUCUCGUAUUGCAUUCAUACCGUAAUUUAUAUAAUAGUUGUAAAAUGUGAUAGAAUAUCUCGAAUAACAUGUUAAUUUAAUAAAUAAUUUAGUUUUAAA